GGAUUGAAGAUAUGAGCUAUAAUAAAAAGAGAGAGGGGCGUUAGUUAGAAGACAAAGGAGAGUUCAAAAUGGAGUCGUCAUCAUCAUCAUCCUCAUCCUCCGUAUCAUAUAUCCAUCAUCUUCUUCUCCACGAUUCUUUUUGACCAUUGUUAUGAAUCCUUCUUCUUCUUCUUCUUCUUCUGGAUAAUUAUGUUAAUUUAUUAUAAUUUUCAUUUGAAUUUUGAAAUAUAUAUCUAAUAUUUCAAGACUGGUUUUUUAACGUUUCAUAUAUAUAUAUAUAUAUAUAUUUUUGUCCUGUCUGCAAUCAGCCCUAGCCCUAAUAAGUUUGAAGACAGACAGACAGACAGACUACUGUACUUCUUCCCUAAGCUGGAGAAGACAACAGAGACAGACAGACAGACAGACAGACCCGAAGAAGAAGAAGAAGAAGAACUUACUUCAGUUGGAUUCCACUCACUCGUAACCAAUAAUCAAUGUCUAGUAGAGAAUCAUCUGUAGAAGAAGAAGAAGAAGAAGACGGCGGGCAACAUUUCAUCGAUCACAACGAAAUUGCUCCAUCGACAAGUUCCCCUAAACCGUCAACGUUCGGCAUUCACCACGAGGACGACUUCAAUGCCCGUAUUCAUCAUCGUAGUUGUCGUCGUCCUCGUUUCAGCCCUCUCAACAAAUGGUAUCUCUUCGCCAUUCUCCUCCCCUUUUUCAUCAUUCUCGUCUACUUCGCCACUGAUUUUAGGGAUUUCUUCCAAACAAGUGUUUCCUAUGUCAAUAAUUUACCUCCUCCUCCUCCUCCUCAAGAUCACUUGCAAGCUCUGUAUUUGCUGAGACAGCAACAAUUAGGGCUUUUCAAUUUAUGGAAUCACUCAGUUGCCCAUGAAUCUAAUUUCAAUUUCUCAUCAAAUUCUGCAUUUCUUCAAAAUUUCAAAUCUACUCUCCUCAGUCAGAUUUCACUUAAUAACCAAAUAAAGCAUGUCCUUCUCUCAUCGCAUGCAACUGUUGUCGAUGACUUCUUAACCGUAGAGAAAUGUGGAAAGCUUGAUCAUCAGAACAGGCUUUCACAAAGGAAAACAACCUUGGAGUGGAAACCCAAGGCCAAUAAGUACCUAAUCGCCAUUUGUGUGUCUGGACAGAUGUCCAAUCAUUUCAUUUGCUUGGAGAAACAUAUGUUGUUUGCAGCUUUACUUGGACGGGUGCUGGUAAUUCCCAGUGCUAAGAUUGAUUACGAGUUUGCUCGAGUGAUUGACAUUGAUCACAUAAACAGGUGCAUUGGUAGAGAAGUUGUUGUCCCAUUUGACGUGUUUGCAAAAGCUAGGAAGAAGAAGCAUGUACAUAUAGACAAGUUCUUAUGUUAUUUCUCAUCGCCGCAUCCUUGUUUGAUGGACGAUGAUAGAGUCAAGAAACUGAAGGGAAUUGGGAUUACGAUGGAUAAGUUAAAGUUGCCGCCGUGGGAUGAAGACGUUAACAAGCCAACAGAGAGAACAAUGAAAGACAUCUUGAGAAAGUUCUCUUCUGAGGACAACGUUAUUGCAAUAGGUGAUGUGUUGUUUUCUAAUGUUGAACAAGGUAUGAUGAUGCAAGCAGGUGGUCCGCUGGUUCACAAAUGCAAGACUCUGAUUGAACCCAGUCGUAUAAUCACGAUUACAGCUCAGCGUUUCAUUCAGACUUUCUUGGGAAAAAGGUUUAUUGCUCUUCAUUUCAGACGCAGUGGGGGGUUCUUGAAGUCCUGCAAUGGAAAGAGGGAAAGUUGUUUUUUUCCUGUACCUCAAGCUGCCGACUGUAUUAACCGAAUUGUUGAAAAAGUGAAAGUCACUGCUGCUGCUGCUGCACCCGUUAUAUAUCUGUCUACUGAUGCUGCAGAAAGCGAGACUCGUUUGCUGCAGUCUCUCAUUUUUAACAAUGGAAAGAAGGUUCCACUUGUUAAACGGCCUCAACGUAACAAGGCAGAGAAGUGGGAUUCUUUGCUGUACAGGCAUGGACUGGAAGAGGAUCCACAGGUGGAGGCUAUGUUGGACAAAACAAUCAGCGCAAUGGCUACUGUUUUCAUUGGAUCGUCGAGAUCAAGUUUCACUGAUGACAUUAUGCGACUCAGAAAGGACUGGGGGUUAACAUCACUUUGCGACCAGUAUCUCUGCCAAGGUCAAUCGCCUAACUUCAUCGCAGACAAUGAAUGAAAUUCAAUUCGUUUUUCUCGCUAAUUCAAGGUUUAGGUUCAUCUACCAACCAACCAUUUCUCCCCCUUGUCAAUGAGAGAUUGUUGAUUCCUAACAACAUUUUGUAUUGUAUUAUACUACAGCAAUAACAGUGACAGGUCACAUAUUAACUCCUCAGACUGUGAACAUGUUUUUAGUGUCAAAAAUAUUUUAUAAUCAAGAUCUGAUUGAUUAUUUUCACAAAUUUAAUUUUAAUAUAUUGUGUAAUUAUGUUAUGAAUGUUUGUUUCUAUGAUUGAAAUAUCCUUAUGGG